UUGCCUUGGCUCCCCGUAGCUAUAGCAGCGGCGGCGGCGGCGGCGGCAGCGGCGGUUGAGGAUGCGGCGCGGGAGCGCUCUCUGGCACAGCUGGCUAUUCUAGUCCCAGAAGAAUACAGAAGAGACUUUCUGAAGAUCUGGUUGAGGCUGUAGAAGAAAUUUGGGGCACACGAUAAAGAAGCAACAGAGAGUAUCAACUAGAAAACUCUAGAUAAUCCAGACAAGCUUCUUGGCUUUGUGGGAUCUUUUAAAUUGUUUCAGAACUUGAAUUUUUGCUACAGAGGAUGAGGAGACAAGCCAAUAAAGGGCAAGGAGGACUGUUCUAGAUUUCUGCUUAUCCGUUCGCCUCUUCUUUGAGUUGGAAAAACUGUCCACAGAAGCCUUGUGAACAAGACUGAAGAGAAUCUAUUUCCCUGAUUCUGGCUAUUGUUGGAGUUGAGGAUUAUAUCCACUUCAGCAGGCAUUUUUGGAAGCAAUUAAAAAAAAAUAGAAGGAAGCAAUAUUUAAGGACUUCUCUACAUUGGUCCUGUGCCAUGUUACAUUUUGAAUACUGGAGCAACUAAGGGACAUCUCUAUCUUCUGGAUCUAAGAAUAUACCUGAAUCCUUUGAGCUUGCAUAAAUGAUGUUUGGAAGGUGGAAAACUAAAAAGUCUUUCAACAUAAACUUAUUAAAUUCUGGAUUCUCUUUCUUUUGAGGACUUCAGCUGGUAGAAAUUUCCUUCCAAAAAGAUACAAAGCCUUCCCUGUGUUUUCAAGCUAAAUGUGAACAAUAAUGUCUUGGAAAAGAAAUUACUUUUCAGGGGGCCGUGGCAGUGUCCAAGGGAUGUUUGCACCUCGAAGCUCAACUUCCAUAGCUCCCAGCAAAGGCCUCAGCAAUGAGCCAGGGCAGAAUAGCUGCUUCCUCAACAGUGCGCUACAGGUUUUGUGGCAUUUGGACAUCUUCCGACGUAGUUUUAGGCAGCUUACAACUCACAAGUGCAUGGGAGAUUCCUGCAUCUUUUGUGCUCUUAAGGGAAUCUUUAACCAGUUUCAGUGUAGUAGUGAAAAAGUGCUUCCAUCUGACACUCUCCGCAGUGCUCUGGCAAAGACUUUCCAGGAUGAACAGCGUUUCCAGCUGGGAAUUAUGGAUGAUGCUGCAGAAUGCUUUGAAAACCUCCUGAUGAGAAUUCAUUUCCACAUUGCUGAUGAAACCAAAGAGGACAUAUGUACUGCCCAACACUGCAUUUCUCACCAGAAAUUUGCAAUGACAUUAUUUGAACAGUGUGUAUGUACAAGCUGUGGUGCCACUUCUGAUCCACUGCCUUUCAUCCAGAUGGUGCAUUACAUCUCUACUACUUCUCUUUGCAAUCAGGCUAUUUGUAUGCUGGAAAGACGAGAAAAACCUUCACCAAGCAUGUUUGGUGAGCUACUUCAGAAUGCCAGCACCAUGGGGGACCUGCGGAACUGUCCGAGUAACUGUGGAGAGAGGAUCCGGAUUCGUCGUGUGUUGAUGAAUGCUCCACAGAUUAUCACAAUUGGGCUGGUCUGGGACUCAGACCAUUCAGACUUGGCAGAGGAUGUCAUCCACAGUUUGGGCACCUGCCUCAAGUUGGGUGAUCUGUUUUUCAGAGUGACAGAUGACCGGGCCAAGCAGUCUGAACUGUACUUAGUAGGAAUGAUUUGCUACUAUGGCAAACACUAUUCUACAUUCUUUUUUCAAACAAAGAUCCGCAAAUGGAUGUAUUUUGAUGAUGCUCAUGUCAAGGAGAUUGGGCCCAAAUGGAAGGAUGUGGUAACCAAAUGCAUCAAGGGGCACUAUCAGCCCUUACUGUUGCUUUAUGCAGAUCCCCAGGGCACCCCAGUGUCUACCCAGGACCUGCCAUCCCAAUCCCAGUUCCAGUCAUACAGUAGGACAUGCUAUGACAGUGAAGAUUCAGGGAGGGAGCCCUCCAUCUCAAGUGACACUCGAACAGAUUCUUCAACCGAGAGUUAUCUCUACAAACACUCCCACCAUGAGUCUGUGGUCAGUCACUUCUCUUCUGAUUCUCAGGGGACAGUCAUCUGUAAUGUGGAGAAUGAUUCCAUGUCCCAGAGCAGUCGAGACACAGGACACUUAACUGAUAGUGAAUGUAACCAGAAACACAUAUCCAAGAAAGGGUCCCUGAUAGAGCGCAAGAGGAGCUCUGGCCGUGUUAGGAGGAAGGGCGAUGAGCCCCAGGCCUCAGGGUACCAUAGUGAAGGAGAAACACUAAAAGAGAAGCAGGUUCCUAGGAAUGCCUCCAAACCACCCAGCAGCACCAACAGGCUAAGGGAUUUUAAGGAGACAGUCAGCAAUAUGAUCCAUAACAGACCAUCCCUGUCUUCUCAGACCAAUGUAGGAUCUCUCUGUGGGGGAAAGGGAGGAGACCAGGCUGACAAAAAAACUUCUAGAAACCUGCCUUUACAUUCUCGUGACUGGGAAGUGGAGAGUACCAGCAGUGAAUCCAAAUCAAGUUCUUCCAGCAAGUAUCGCCCAACGUGGAGACCAAAACGAGAGUCUCUGAAUAUUGACAGUAUUUUCAGUAAGGACAAAAGGAAGCAUUGUGGUUAUACACAGCUUAGUCCCUUUUCUGAAGAUUCAGCUAAAGAAUUUACACCAGAUGAACUAAGGAAGCCACCUGCUUACAACAUUAAAGCUGGUGGAUCAAGCUCCCAGCACAAACCCUGGGGUCAACCAUGGCCAGGCUCUCACCUUUUAGAUCAACAUCCACGCUUAAUCCAGAGAAUGGAAUCUGGCUAUGAAAGCAGUGAGAGGAACAGCAGCAGCCCUGUCAGCCUGGAUGUAGCACUACCAGAGAGUUCAAACAUCUGCAGGGAUGCUAAGAAAUCAGCUGGGUUUGUCCCUUCUUGGCGUCAUAUCCCAAAGUCUCACAGCAGCAGCAUCCUGGAGGUAGAUUCCACAGCAUCCAUGAGUGGCUGGACAAAGACACAACCCCUUUCAGGUGGAGAGAUACCUUCUAAAACUGAACUAGAUGAAUUACAGGAAGAGGUGGCGAGGAGGGCUCAAGAACAGGAACUUCGAAGAAAACGGGAAAAGGAGCUAGAAGCUGCUAAAGGGUUUAAUCCUCAUCCCAGCCGUUUUAUGGACUUGGAUGAACUGCAAAAUCAGGGGAGGAGUGACGGCUUUGAGAGGUCCCUGCAAGAGGCAAAUUCAGUAUUUGAAGAGUCACUGCAUCUGGAACAAAAGGGAGACUGUGCUGCAGCUUUGGCUCUCUGUAACGAAGCUAUCUCUAAACUAAGACUUGCCCUGCAUGGUGCAAGCUCUAGCACGCACAGCAGAGCCUUAGUCGAUAAGAAGUUGCAAAUCUGUAUUCGAAAAGCACGGAGCCUGCAGGAUCGCAUGCAGCAGCAACAGUCAUCGCAGCAGCCGCCGCAGCCCUCAGCCUGCCUCCCAUCACAUGGGGGCGCCCUCCCUCAGCCAACAAGUGAACAACCUGUCUCGCUCCAAGUAUUGUUAAGACAGGAGGCCCAACUAGAACCCUGCACAGAUACAGAGUUUGGGGCCAGUUCUUCUUUCUUUCACUCACCUGCUUCUUGCCAUGUGUCACAUUCAUCACUAUUCCCAGAAUCAUCUGCCCCAUCUGCCCCAGAGCACAACUCCUCCAGUAGAUCUUCCUCAAAGCUUCUGACUUCAGUUGAGGUGGAUGGCGUUGAUGCUUCUGCACUCCAAAGGCAAAGUUUACCUAAAAAAUCAGGGAAGACUGAGAAGACUUCCCAUCAUGAAUGCAUGCCAUUGGAUGGCCUUGUGGGUAAGCUGCAAGGCUGCAGGGAGGACAACAUUAACUGUAACAGGUUUCUUCCACAACAAGGACAGGGCAUUGCUCAAGAACAGCUGUUCCAAGAAGAGAAGGAUUCUACUGACCCUUUCCAGGUGAUGCCUUGGUCACAUCCAACAGGAAGAGUCACCUCGGAGACAGGAAAUGCACACAGCUUAGGCUAUAGUCCUUCAGGUUCAUCAGCUCAGCCCAGCAUUCCCCUUCAUAUGGCCUGUCAUCCUGUAAUGUCUGCUGCUUCUUCAUCUGUGCUUUAUUCUCCUGAUCCUGUGCGGAAAACUAACCAAUGCCUCCAAAUUCCAUUGAUUUCAAAAGUAGUUGAAAGUAAUGAAGAGACCUAUCGGCCAGAGUUUCCCAGCACAAAAGGACUUGUCCGCUCUCUGGCAGAACAGUUCCAGAAGAUGCAGAGUGCCUCCACAAGGGAUGCUACAGGUUCCCAGAAUCAAAGUUUGCCAAGUAGUCUAAGGAAAAACAGUUCCCCUUCUGACUUGAAGCCUUCUUUCCAACAAGGUCAAGGAAAAGGCCACUGUCCUUGGGUAAAACAAAAGCUCUCUCUGGAUACUAGGGACAAACUUGCUUCUUGGGAAGAGCCUGCUGACCAUACUUCUCUUGCCGUGGACACUGGGCUGCCUAAUGGUGAAAGCUCUAGGGGAGGACAGCCCAGGUUGCCAGAACUAGCUAUACACCAAGGGAAGCUAUCUCAAAUGAGAGAUGUUAGGCCUAAGGAGCUUGGUAGCAGUAUCAGCUUGGGGACUUGUUUGCCUUUGGAUUCCUGGGUAAAUGUUACAAGGCUCUGUGAUUCUCAGCUUAAACAUGGGCUCCCUGGCCCAGGAGCAAAGUCCUCCCCCCAUGACUCCCAUACCUGUGUAAACUAUCCAGAGAGAAAUCACAUCCUUCUGCAUCCACAUUGGAACCAAGAUACAGAGCGGGAGACAUCAGAAUUGGAGUCUCUCUACCAGGCCAGUCUACAGGCUUCUCAAGCUGGAAGUUCUGGAUGGGAGCAGCAGGAUGUAACUUGGCAUCCACUUUGCCAAACAGAUGGCAUGGGGAGGAGACUGCACUCAGCACCUGGUCUUGAUCUGUCAAAGACCCCAACAGCAGAAAUGGAGCACAUUUUCCAUGAAGUGAGCACAGUGUCUGCAUCACAGGCAGCAGCUUUAAAUGCUAAGGCUACAGCUUGCCAAGGCCUUGGCAGGGAAUAUGGUGAGGAUGAACAGUACAGUGCAGAGAACUUUCGCCGCAUCUCACGCAGUCUCAGUGCCACCGUUGUCUCAGAGAGGGAGGAGGUUCCAGUCACUUGCCAGAGUUUUGAUUCAUCACACGUGCGGAAAAAGCCUUUGGAAACCGAGCACCGUUGUUCCAGCUCCUCUUCCCUCCCUGUCAUCCAUGACCCUCCCAUAUUUCUCCUUGAUUCCCAAGUCUACCCUUCCCAACCACAGUUCCUGUCCCCAGAUGUCCUGAUGCCCAGCGUGGCAGGGGAACCCUGUAGACCCCCAGGAGCAUCAAGGAGUGUCCAGCAGUUUCUGGCUAUGUGUGACGGGGGUGAAACUUCCCAAGGGGUCAAGUACACAGGAAGGACUUUGAACUACCGGAGUCUCCCUCAUCGUUCCAGAACUGAUGCCUUCCGGGAACCCUGGUCAGAGACCCACCAGCACUUUGGAGCCAGAUACCUAACUACUCCAGGAUGCAAACCUCCGCUUACCCACACUACCACAUUACCAGAAAGAAGUCAGGGUCUUCAGGUUCCUCAUGCUCAGGCUGGAGGGGAUCUUUUCCAUUCACCCUCUCAUCCAUCCACUGUUCACCCUAUGUCCCUAUCAUCCCCAAGGUCAGCUUGGAAUUCGGGUCCUAUUCCAGGGUCCCGAACACCUGGUCCUCGAAGAGUAGAUAUACCCCCAGAUGAUGACUGGAGGCAGUGCAGUUAUACUUCCCAAUCUAGGAACAGGAGGGCAGAGGAAGAAAGGUUGUUGUGUGUUCUAGCAGAGGUUCUUGGAAGAGAGCAGAACAAAACUAGAAUCCUGCAGCAUAGCAGGUGGUAAGGGUCAUCCCUUUUGUUUCCUGGAGCCAUAAAACACAACUGGCAGAGUUGCUUACCCUGCAUCUCUGCCAUAGUCUUGCUAUUCUCAUCUCAACACAGAAUUGGCAGUUUCUCCCCGGGGCACUGGUUACCUCUAAAGAGACCUGGUUCUUUAAAUAAGAGGGAAUAUUUGAAAUUACAACUUUAAUUCCCCUACUAAAAUGAAGCAGCUGCUGUUUUGUGUUUGAGCCACUUUAAGGCUGAAUCCAUCAUAUUAUUCCUGAUACUAGUCAUUAGUGACUUCAGGUCAAUUCUGGACAGUAAUGCCCCCACCUCUACCUAACAUCCAUUUUCUGGUCUCUACUAUCUUCCCAACUUACACACUUUUUUUUUUUUAAUCUGCCUAACCCUAUUACCUGACCCUCUGUAUUCCCCAUUUCCCAUCCUCAAAGGUACAUGUAGCCUUGUGGUCAUGGUCAUCACCAUGACCCAUCAUUCAGGGCAGCCCAUCUGCCCAGGUGUUAUGGCCUGCCAGUCUUCCCUGUGCCCCACACCAUAGGCCUAGAUAUAUGGAACUGCCAAUAUAACACUUGCCCUUCUGAACAGAUAUAGUCUGGCACAUUAACAUAUCCUUUUGUCUUCAGCAGCAGAACCAUUACUGCCACUUGCUCAUUCGCCAUUGUAAAUCCUCAGAGUCUGCUGAACUAUUUUAGGGCAAAACAUACUCUUUUUGUAAAGUAUUUUUCAUUAAUAAAUCUAUAUGACAGUUCUAUU